AUGAAUUUGGCGUUGUGUUGUAUUUUUAGUGAGAUCUGCGUUAAACCAACAUCUGUUUUGAAUACGGCGAAGGUCAAAACAAAUGGUGAUUUUAAACUAGUGUUUAGCGAUGUUAUAGAAGACAAACCUACCGGAAAAAGUGAAAAACAUACACAAAAAAUUGGUCAAAUACAGAUUUCUGGUCAGUCAACAACGUCUUUCGUGGAUACGACGAUUCAGGCGAAAUUAUUUAAUGAACAACUCUUUACAAAUGUCGAAGCAAAUGGUGAUUUUAAACUAACGUUAAAUGAUUGCACCGAAGACAAAGGCGAAAAUUUGAAGGAACUCUCGGAAAGAAUUGAAAAUCUAACACAAAAAAUUGGUCGGAUGCAAAGUUCAAUUAAUGAUGAAAUGGUAAAUCACGAAACGUUUGAAAAAAAAGUAGUGGAUUCGGUUGUCGAGCACAAUAAGCGAAUGGAUAAAGCGAAUGGUUUUGUUAUAAUCGGUGUCCCAGAGAUUUUUACGGGGCUAAAUGGUAUGUUAUAUGAUAUAAAAUUUGUCGAAAAGCUAGUAGAAGCUGCCGGUUUCAAUAAAAAUUGUAUUAGAUCGGUUCAACGAUUUGGCAGUCACGAAAGUCAAUCUCGUAUACUUCAAGUAAAAUUGGCAAGUAAGAACCAGUCAAAUCAAGUUUUACAUUGCCCUAAAGUGAAAUCACUCUUGCCUAUCGGAUCAUCAAUAAGGAAAGAUCUCACAUUAAAGGAACUCAAACUUCAGAAGCAGUUAUGGCAGGAAUGCCAUAAACGAAAUGCGGAGUUGAACAUGAAAAAAUUUGUUGUUCGAGAUCUUAAAAUUGUUGAGCUUAAACACCCUAAAGUAUGGUGCCAUUGA